ACAGAGAAACUGACCCGGAGGAAUCUGCAGGUCCGACAGGACGUCCAGGAAAGUCUCUGGAUCCGUGCGCCGACGUCCCUCCGAACCUGCAGGGAGUUCUCCAAGUGGAGUUCAGAACCUACCGGACCCUGCAGGACGUCCGGAACCACGUCGGCCCGUUCCUUCAGGAGGGAGGCCGGUACCGACCAACCAGCUGCAGGGCGAAACAAAAGCCUGACAUUCUUUGCGGUGCUUCUGCUUCACCUGAAAGCUAGAAAUGUCCCCGCCGCGGUACCGAGCAGCCUGGUAAUUAUCAGAAAUAAUACUUCCGUAACCAUACUGGCAGCGGCAGUCCGACCGAAUACGACACCGACGCCAGGAAGGUCAGGAGGAGCUCUGGGUCCGUGUCCCGACGUCCCUCCGAACCUCCUGGGAUCUCUGUACGUGGAGUUCAGAACCAACCGGACCCUGCAGGACGUCCGGAACCUGGUCGGCCCGUUCCUUCAGCAGGGAGGCCGGUACCGACCAUCCAGCUGCAUCGCAAGACAAAAGGUGGCUGUCAUCAUCCCGUUCAGAAACCGGUAUGAACACCUGACCCACUGGCUCUACUACGUCCAUCCGGUCCUGAUGCGUCAGCAGCUGGACUACGGUGUGUACGUCAUCAACCAGGACGGAGACGGAGCGUUCAACCGGGCCAAGCUGAUGAACAUCGGAUUUGUUGAAGCACUGAUCGAAUACGAUUACGACUGUUUUGUCUUUUCUGAUGUAGACCUGGUACCAAUAGAUGACAGAAACCUCUACAGAUGUUCUGACCAUCCCAGACAUUUAUCUGUGGCUGUGGACAAGUUUAACUUCAUCCUGCCCUACGCCACCAUCUUCGGUGGAGUCUCAGCGUUGUCCAAACAGCAGUUCCUUAAAGUCAACGGCUUUUCAAACACCUUCUGGGGCUGGGGGGGUGAAGACGACGACAUGUCGCAGCGGAUCUCUUACAGACGGAUGUUCAUAUCCAGACCAGACUCCGUCACUGGGAGGUACAAGAUGAUACAACAUGAGAGAGAUUCUCACAACGAUCCAAACCCAAGAAGAGUUCAGAAACUGAGAGAAACGUAUUUUAAUAUAAUCAAAGAUGGGCUUAAUUCUCUGAAUUACACAGUCAGGGAGAUUAGGAAGGAUUUAUUAUACACUUUAGUUACAGUGGAUGUUCAGGUUCCAGCAGGCUGAUGUGGAUCCAGAUGUUUCUGUUCCACACCUGGACGAUUGGACCAAAACAAAAGUCAACUAAUAAAACAGGGAGAAUAAAACGGAAUAGUCCAAGUUCAUCAACCCAACAAUGCAAGAUGGGACUUGGUUGGUUAUUUAAAUUACCGAAGGUGUUGCUGUCCUGGACGGAGGCGUACUGGUGUCUGUUUGACGACCAGUUCAUGUGUUCAAACUGGAAACGAUGGCAUGGAGUCGUGGACUUUGCAGCAAGCAUGUGGCGACAGUGGACAGGAUCCACCUCCUUCAAACAGGUCGAAGCCUCCAGAACCACCGAAGCGGUUCUGGUGGACCUGAAAGGCGGAUCCACUUUAAGAAGUGACGGAACUGGAUCUUCCACCAAACGCUCUUCAUGUUCAGACCAACGUAGAUCAGUUUGAUUCGAUUCUCCAACAUUCAUAACGAUGACAUGAAACUUUGUUGGUUUAUUAUUGAUUGAGACUUUUUCCCUGUUGGAGCUUUUAUUGGUUCGAUAUUGGUUCUGUUUUUAAUAAAGUGAAGCACAAUAAGGUGAUGGAUUUUUAAGAAUUAAAUAAAUUCUUAAAAAUGUAUUAAUUCUAAAAUAAACAAUAAAUAUAAUGUAAAUGGAGAUUUCAGUAAUUUAAUAUUUUUAUUAUCUUACGUUUCUAAGGCUGUUUUGUUCUGUAUAAUCUGAUGCAUGAAUAAAAGUUUUUAAACUUUUAAAGUCUAAUCAUUAUGAUGUAUUUAUCAUUUAUUUGACUUUACAGUAGAUAUUAUUCACAUUCCUUUAUAAAUAUUUAAAACACACUUCACUGAGAUUAAUAAUCUGUUUUUCAAGACAGACCAGGAGUGUUGGGUCUCAGAAAUGUGAUAUGAAGACAGAAAAACUGCAGUUUUUGUUCCUAGUUUCCUGUUUUCAGUAACUUUAAU